AUGACUGGCAUUUAUCAAUACUACCAUAACAAUACGGUCCUUAAGCUUCAUUAUGAACACAUUGGGAAAAAAGGACUGGACAGAUACAAGAAUGGGAUCAGGCCAGACACCAUUGCACUUCUUCUGAUCUGUGUACUUAUUGUUCUGGAGAAUGCCAUUGUGCUGGUGGCCAUCUGGAAGAACAAGAAGUUUCACCUUCCCAUGUACUACCUACUGGGCAACCUGGCUCUAUCAGACCUGCUGGCAGGGUUCACAUAUAUGGUCAAUAUCAUAAUGUCAGGGCCCAACACUCUGAAGUUAACCCCUGUGUUGUGGUUUGUAAGGGAGGGUGGUGUCUUUAUCACACUUGUUGCAUCUAUCAUUAGCCUUUUGGCUAUUGCCAUUGAGCGUCAUAUUACAAUGGUGAAGAUGAAGCCCUACCAUGGCACCAAACGCAACCGUAUGUUCACCUUGAUUGGCGCCAGCUGGGCACUUUCUGUGCUGCUUGGUGUGCUGCCCAUCAUGGGCUGGAACUGUGUAGGCGAGUUUGAUCUCUGUUCGACUGUUCUUCCACUUUACGCCAAGAGCUACAACUUGUUCUGUGUAACAGUCUUUAUCGUCAUCCUGCUGUCUAUAGUCAUUCUGUACGGACGCAUCUUCCACACCGUUAAGAGGAAUACGAAAAGACUGGACAGCCUGAGGCGCAAGAGCUUAAUACGACGAUCACAAAAAUACAUGGCCCUUCUAAAGACGGUUACCAUAGUCCUGGGUGUCUUCAUUGCGUGCUGGAUGCCCAUUUUUUUCCUCUUACUGCUAGACUUUGUAUGCAAAGCUACAGAAUGCCCCAUCCUGCUCCAGGCACAAUACUUUCUUGGGGUAGCCAUGAUAAACUCACUGAUUAACCCUAUCAUAUACACCCUGACAAGCAAGGACAUGCGCAAGGCCAUACUUAAGCUCCUCUGUCACCGCUGUCUGAUCACAGAAGAUGGUCAGGUCAGGAAGAUUGGUGUGCCCUUUUUGGAAUGUAGCCUCACAAAGACUGAGACAGCCAUCCACCGGGGUCUGGAGACUACAAUCUCUUCUGGAAAUGGUACAUCAUCUCCAGUCAGAAUCCUCAACGCAAACAUCAAAUCGGUCAAAGUAUGA